CCCGCCAAUCCGUGCCGCUUGAAUGAACUCCGGGCGAUCCCUCCGUCAGUUAGUAAGGAAGUACGUACGCCGUUGCACUCCUUCUUGGAACUUUACUUAUCCUUCCUCUCCCUCCUUUUCUAUCUCUUCCAUCAGACUCCUUCGCACGCCAACUGCUCCUUUCGCGAAGACGAAUCAUGAGUCAACUCUUCUUGCGAGGAGUGCUACCGGCACUCCUCCUCGUUUCACCCGCCCUGGCCCAUGGAGGCCACGAAAACGUCCCCGAAGGCGAAGCCAUCUCCUUGGAGCCGAUCGACUCGACGUUAUGGAUUCAUAUCAUUCUGAUGGGAUUUGCCUUUGGCAUCCUUUUUCCGCUGGGCAUGGUUCUCGGGAUCGUGCGCUCGCGGUGGCACGUUCCUGUUCAGAUUGUCGCUACCUGUAUCGCCGUCGUCGCCUAUUUCCUCGGUCACGCCCAUAAAGGCCGCCAGUUCGGGAAGAACGCCCAUCAUUCUUUCGCAAACGUCCUGAUGCUCAUGAUGGCCGUGCAAGUCGUCUUCGGCCUCUACCUCAAACUCCACAUCACGAAAGGCAUCCACGGACGCAUCCGCCGCGUUUUCGUCGUUGCGCACGGGGUGCUCGGAAAGGCGAUGCCGGUGGUCGCUUGGGUCCAGAUGGUGUUUGGGGGGAUCGCGGCGCUGGGUUUCUGCCAGGAUGACCAUAUGGGACAGUGUUUGGCCCACUUCAUCAUGGGUAGCGCAUUCAUCGCGUACGGAAUCCUGCUCACCAUCCUCCUCCUGGUGGGCCAGUACUGGCUGCGUCGCACGGGCCGGAGCCAGGAAUUCUUCGACUCGUUGAUCAUCGCCGCCUGGGGGUGCGUCAACACCUUUACCGAGCACCGAUGGGGCGGCCCUUGGGUCCACAAUGACCUGCAGCAUACCACCAUGGGCAUUGUCUGGUGGUGCGCGGGUCUCCUAGGUAUCUGGCUGAGUCGCAACCGGGACGGUGGCCCCAAGCGUAACCUGAUGCCCGCCAUUGUCAUCCUCUUGACCGGUUAUGCCAUGUCCGCGCACACGCAGCACCUGAUGAUCAGCACCAUGGUCCACUCCAUCUUCGGCUACACGCUGAUGGCGGCUGGUGCGGCCAGAAUCGUCGAGAUCUCGUUUGUCCUAAAGGACAAGCCCACCCUAAGUCCCAACGGCUCGAACCCGCACAGUUUCCAAUUCGUGACACCAUUUCUUCUGUACGCCUCUGGUUUCCUCUUCAUGGGUGCCACGGAAGAGCAGAUGCAACUUCUCGACCAGGCCGGGGUCAUGCACGUGUCCUAUAUCCUCAUCUUGUACAGCAUUGCAUUCCUCCUGUUCCUGUUCGUCAACGUCCUUAUCCACAUCUACGCCGUCCACGCCUGGCCCGAAUCCACCCAGCCCGCUCGCACCCGCUACGACGGUUUCGUCGACGAGGCCGAAAACCCCGACAGCUACUCCCGCCUGGGCGGCGCCCGUGUCCACCAUCCCAACGGCCACGCCCGCUCCGCCGCCGAAGCGCAGCAGCUGCACGACGCGGAAGCCUUCGAGCUGGAGGGUCUGAUCUCGGACGAGGAAGAUGGCCACAAGGUAUCGACCGACAGCCGACGUGGCCGGAAAUCUGAAGACGGCGACGACUCGCCGUUGGUUGGGAAAGAGACGUCGCGUUGAUUUGGUGGCGAUCCGCAUAAAAGCCGAAUGCAUCUUCUCUUACUUCAUUUUAUUUCUUCUUUCACCUGGUUACUUUUCUAUGAUCUGACCAUCAGAGGCUUCUUCAAGAACAGCAUGCCACCUCCGAAUGGACUGUUCUGCCUAUUUGUUUUCUUUGAUCACUCGAUUGAUUGAUCUGUUUAUUCAUGGAGGGGGCGUCUGUAUUUAUUUGCUGGGACUGGAGUUAGG